AAGAUCUUAAUACAUUAUAAAUCCAUUUUUUAAAUUUAUAUCUUGAGUGGUUUUUUCGCAUUAAAUUUUUGAAAAAUGCCAAACUAGCCAAUUUUAGCAAUGUUUUGGAUCACACAAAUACCUGUAUAUUUCCAACGAAUGGUGCUAGAAGGCUGUUAGACAGCUCAUUUUAAAUGUAAUUGAAUGGGCUUCAAUUUUAUAUGUAACUUGACCAAUUUCAGAAAAAAAAUUAUUUUUAAUUGUUUUCAAAAUUUUUAAUAUUGAAUUUCUAAAAAACACCAUUUUCGAUUUUUUUUAAAAAUAAGUAUGUUAUUCCUACAUAUAUCGGUUAGAUUUGUGCCAAAUUUCAAGGUGGAUAAUUGAUGGGAUCAUGAGUAAAUAAAAAUGAGACGUUUAGUAGAUGCUUAAGGGGGCAUGGUAGAUAAAUAAAUAUGUUAAGCGUCAGUUAUACGUUAUAGGUUUUUGGAAGAAAACAUUGAAAAACUGCAAAACAACAAUCCUACAUAAUGUUAUUUGUUAACUAUAUUAGCAGACGUCCCAAAAUGACAAUUAUCGAGCGUUGGUUCUUCCGCAGCAAUUAAAUGUUCAAAAUUACUCAAGUAACCUUCAGUUUUUAAUUAAUGCAUUUAGCUCUUGUUUAGAUACCAUGCCACCUUAAGAAAUAGUUGCAGCAAGUAAGAGUACCAUAAUUUUACUUCAAAUUUUGACUUAGUAAAGUAUUCAAAUUGUAUUGUUAUAGACUAAAUUUUUUUUACAAAAUAUAAAACACGGAUAACAAAUCUUACCUUACAUUCAUCCAGUGUUCUUUGAUUAAACAUUUGAUCAAUAUGAUAUUACAAAGCACUUGAUCUUGCUGAACAGAUGUAGCCUAAAUUCAAAGCACAUUAUCUUGCUGAAAGGAUGUAGCCUAAGUUAUAACUGACAAAACAUACAAUUGCUUAUGAAAAAAAUCUGUUUAGUAUAUAUUUAUUUAUUUACAGUUUUCACUUAGGUUGUGGCAUACUUCGUUCAAGCAGGCGUGAUGUCUCUACAAUCUCUUCUUUAGUGAGUGUGUAAGUUCUCCCAGUUGCUGUACAAGGUUCAACCUUUUUAAGAUCAUCUUCAGUUCUAAUGUCUAGUAUAUCGGCUCUUGGUGCUGGAUAAAAAAAGGAAGCAGCAGGUCCUUUGGGAUGUAAAAAACUGACUUUAACUUCAUUAUUCUCAUUACUUUUUACCAAUAUACAUGCAAGUCACCAAAAGUUAUCGUAUUUCACAGUAACAAACCCAGAUUCUACAUCUUCCAACAUUGGCGACAUGCCUUCUGGUGAUACAGGAGCUUCUAUUUUUUUCUCUGUACUUAAAAAAUACAGCUUUGAUUCCAUUUGUGAUUCAGAUAUAGGUAUUAUAGCAUGGAUUUUGUGUGUUCCUUUGAUAGUCUUUGUGCCCUCAAAACGUUUUGACAAUCUUUUUUGGUUCUCAUUAUGGUCAUCAAUUGUGCAGUACUUAAAUUUUAUUCCUGAAAUGUUACUUCUUGCAAAAUCAUACAGCUGCAGUGGUGUCAUGAUUUGUUCAUUAUAUGGUCUCUGUAAACUAGCUUUAGUUGCAAGUCUUUUCACAGUGCCUCCAAGACCAUCGCAAGCACUUUUCCCAUGUGUUGUGGCAAAGAAAUGCCACUUAGCUUGGAUUCCAAAAUCUUUUUUGUGUAGACAGAGAUUUAAAAUUUUUUUUCUGUUUUUGUAUUGACCUGCGCACCCAUCCGAGAAGUAAAUAAUUUUUUUCAAAUCAACAAUAGUUUCUUUUAACACAGCUAUCAGAUUUGUUUGGAAGAGGUUGAAUGCUACAGUAUUGUGGAUUAAACAUUCAGAAAUGAUGACAUAACUUAGGUGUUUUACUGCAUCACUAUCUUUGUAGUAAACUACAAAGGGAUGACGUUUUGCUUGGCUGUUAGUCCAAUGGUAAGACUGCACUUCAUCCUGUAGUACAAAAGAAUAAUUUUCAGCGAAGUCACACGUAACAAGGACUUCUCCUUCUUUCAAGUUUGAUUUGGUUUCAUUAUAAAACUGCUUCUGCACAAGAGAAAUGAAUGAGUGGGUUUUCAAUUUUAACAAGGCUCCAAUGAACUCUUCUAUAAAUUCAUAUUUAUCUUUGAUGAGUGUCUCUAAUGUGGCUCUGUCUACGGACAACCAUUGUUUGUAUGUUAUUUGAUCAACCAUUUCAUCUUCAAACUUAAGAAUCAGAAAAUUUUUCAGUUUUUCUGUCCCAGGGCAUUCUUUACAAAUACUGAAAUAACAAUCAGGUGAUGGAGGAUUACACAUGAUUUUGAACAAGCAGUUCUGGUAAUUUUGCAAUGUUUCUUCAUUUCCAUCUAAUACAAAGUAGUUCAUUUUGGACGUAGUCAUCAUCAACUUGACAUUUUGAUGAAUAAGGCACACACAAACUGUUAUGGGUUCCACUCUUCCCGGCUAAAAUGCAGUUUUAUGGCCUCAACUCGCAAAAUUUUGUAAAGCCAAUACAAUUUGUUCGGUAUUCCCCUUUAAACACAUUAUACAUUUCAUUAAGAUUUAUCAAAAUCAGCCGCUUUUGCAGGUGAGUUUUUUGUUCUCCGUCCUUCCGAACUGCAACAACAUCUUUCUUUCCAGGCAUUAUCCUGCUGAUAUCAUCCCUAUUAUAAAAAUUGGUGACAAGCUGAACUGUUUCUGGAUUUAAUGUUUUCCCUGGUUUAGGGUUGGGGCUUGAGAGACAACCUUUUUCUUUCACUAGGUAGUUUCUUCAUGGCUCUUGCCUCAUAAUCGCUAACUCCAAACUCAUUUACAAUUCUUUUUCGAGUCCAGCUUUGAGGCAACACUGAUAGAAGCAUCAUUUUUUCACUUCUACUAGUGAGUUGAGAAAACUUUAGUUUUAACUGAUUAAUUAUCUCAGAUUCAUCCUUUUGAUUUUGUGAUUUUUCAGUAUAACAUUCUGUUUGAGGCCCAAUUAAUGUCUUCUCAAAUGUUGCUUUAACUUGUUCAAGUUUUUGUUUAGUGUAAGAAUGACUUUUAAGUUUCUGUUUCUUGAUCGGGGAUUCUCCUACCAGCUCCAAUGAUUUAUUUAAAAACUCUAAUGAUGAAUCAGAAUCUAUAUAAUUACUGUCUUGUUUACUACUACUAUCUGACAUUACAAUGUCCUCAUCAUUACUGCUUUCAUGGUUUGAGUCUAAACAUUUUUUAAACUGCUUGUUCAUUUUUAUUCUACACCCAUCACAAAUUUUCAUUCCUUCCUCAACAUCUUCAAAUCCCAAGGAUCACAUCCAAUUAGUUACAUUUCUUAGCUUACCUGACUGAUUAUGUCCUUUUUCUUUGAAAGGAUUACAACACUUCACUGAAAACACUACCCAAUUUAUCUUAUCAUCUUGAUUAGUCAUGGCGAAAUAAAACACAACACAACCACUAAACCUAACCUAAUAUAACCUAAACAGUACUUUUAAUGAAAUGGACAGACUCAGCUACUCUUAGAGGAGUUUUGGAAUAAAGAAUAACUUUUAUAUCACUCUGCAAGGCCAGGAAUUAAUUGGCUCAGUAUUUUCAAACAGCAAAAUUGCAUACCUAGGUAGGGGAGAGUGGGGCUAGUGUGGACACUUUUCUUUUAUUUAAUAUGGAUCAGGUGACAUAUUUGAUAGUAAAUUCUGAAAAUAUUCCUGUGUGAUCUGUAACCUGUCUACUUUAAUAUAAAAUUAAUGCAAAACACCUAUCCCUAUAUUAAAAAAAUACAUACCAACUAAAAUAUUAAGAGAAAUUUUGUCCACUUUAACCCCUGGUUGGGGUUAGUGUGGACACUCUUAGGGGUCAGUGUGGACACAGCAUAAAUUUUAUUUAAAAUUAUAAAUUGCAGUAGCUACUUAAAUGUUUUAAGUAAUUUUGACAUUUAUAAUAGUAAUACUGAUCAAAAUCGUAAAAAGAAAUCAGCAUUUCAUAGCACAUUAUAGGUAGAUAGAUCAACCUCAAACCACAUAUAUCCAGCUGUACGUUUUGUUCCCGCUGUAACCUUUGGAGUCGGCAAUUUACAAACUAUAUCUUUUCUUUCUAUGGCAGCAAUAUCCUCAACUGCAGGAAAUGUAAAUCUUUCUCGUUUCUUUCUUAAAUACUUUACACAAUACUCAUUAGUAUCAAACAUUUCAGUCACUAGAGCUGCAUAACAAAGUAUCUUGUUUUUUGCUUCAAACUGGACCAAAACAAAAUCAUUAACAGUAAUAAUAUCACUAUCACACAAUUUUGCUGGUUGAGGGAGUUCUGACGAUUCGCUGAAUUCAUCACCUGAAGAAAGUUCAAAAGCUUCGUCGGUCUCAUAGCUCGAAGAAUCUUCACGUACAACUUUCUUAAACAGCUGUCGUUUUAAAUGUUUUGAACUUUGGUUCCCCAUAUCCUCAACUGUUUUGGUUUUCCUUGUUGCCUUCUGGAACACAGCUUUUUCUUCUAGCUUCCUCUUUUCUGGAGUGUCCGUGUAGAUGCAGGAUUUCAUUUGUUCUCGUUUCCUUUUUGUACCAUUUCCUGAUGUGGUGACUUUAGGCAAUGGUCUAACAUCCUCAGGAGUUACUGGUUCUUCCAUUGUUCUCACAGUGUCAUGAAGUGUGGAAGAAGCUGGAGUACUCUGAUUUAUUUGUUGGCUAGUGGAUGGUGUUGGAGACUCUGGAUUUUUAAGUGGUCCACUAGGUUUUGUUGCUGGAUUAGACCUGUCGCAAACAUAAUUACAAAGAAAAUCAUCAUCCGUAAAAACUAACCUGUUAAACGGAUAAAUACCUGGUUUUGCAAAACCAGAAAUUAUGUUCUUUGGUAUGAAGGAGUUAACAAAUGCGGAAGCAGCCAGUGUAGGAAUAUUGUAAAUCGAUAUCUGUUUUCCAGGGUUUGUUCUCAACCAGUCACUGAAAGCAACUUUAAGUGCAGCCUUGAAUGGACCAAAUACAGAGACAUCCAACGGUUGUAGGCGUAGGCGGUUGAUACUGUUGAACUGGACAAACAUUUACUGGAAGUUUUUAAGUUACAAGUAUCAAAAAUAACUAAUUUGGUCGGGGCUGGUACUAUUGAUCGAUACCAGCCAGAAAUUAACUUGCUGAUUAGUUUUUUAAUUUGGAAGUUUUCAGUGUGGGAGCAGAGAGCAACGUACGGUCAACAGCUGCUCAACAUCAAGUAUGGAGCAUCUAUGUCCCGGAAGAAGGCAAUUGCUUGGGCCAUUUUAACCAUGCUGCCAAAAUAUGUGAAAGAACGUUACAUGGACCUCCUGAAAGUGCUCAACAAUGAUGUUUCUUCUGACUGGGUGCGCGAGCUGGUGGAGUGGGGGGAGACGGCACUGCAGCUGGCCGGCCUCGCCAACGCCCUGGUGUUCCUGGUGCACGGCCGCUACCCCACGCUGGUGGACCGAGCACUCACCCAGGAUGUGGUGACUGCAUGGCCGGAGCCGCCCGCCGGCUACCAGUUCCUUACCCGGGAGCUGCUGUGGCACACGCUUGUGGACGUGUUCACGUUCGUCCUGCCCCUUGUCAACUACCACUACACGUGGAGGAAGUUGCGGAGUGUACUAGCGAAGCGUGGUGUGGGCCAAUCAGGCUCCCAGGGGCUCACGUUCACCCCGGCCACAAGGUGUCCCAUCUGUGAAGACAGUCCCGUCAACCCCUACCACAUGGGGUGUGCGCACGUCUUCUGCUACUACUGCCUGCAGUCGAGUGACCACGUGUCCCUGCUCCUGAACCUCGAGGCGUGUGGAACACCUGAAGAGCCCACUGUAACGAUAUUGCGUGCUAAGGGAACCGAGCCUAGCCCUACACGGGUCACGUCACGCCCUGAAGAGAGUCUCCGCCGGGUCCACGUGCCCACAUCACGUGGUGGCGCCCACUCCGACAAUUAAUUUGUUCGUUCCCUUACAUCCCUAGUCACAACAUAUAUAAGCUUCUCCAAGAACAAAAGUAAUAAUAAUUUA